CGAAUGGCUUAAUUUCAUAAAGGUUUUACAUGGACCUAAUGUAAGAGUACUUUGAAAACUAAAAAUUCCAUCAUCAAUUUAAGACAAACUGUGACUGCUAAUCACGGACCAGUUUUAUUAAAGAUUGAUACUGAGAGAGAAUUACAAUAUACAAAUGAUUUAGGAUGGAAUUGGCAUAAGAGUUGGAAUAUCCCAAAUAUUUCUGUUAAAAUUUCUAUAUAGGAUGAAGAAUGUACAUAAUGGAUCAAUUGUUAAGUAUCUUAUUUAAGUCUAAUUUUAGGUUUAAUUAUUGGCAGUAAAGGUAUUGUAAAAUGAUCUCUUUGAAGAAGUUGGAUUAGAAGGGAUUACUUAAUAUGACAUUGUAGAUGGAAAAGCUUUCUUUUCGGUAUUUUUCAAAAACGAUUUUUAGGGUGUGAAAUUUAACAGUACUACCUACAAUCACUAAGGACAUAGAUUUUAAUUAUUAAUUAUACUGAAAGAGAGGGAGAACAUCAUUCUUUGUUUAUAAUCACCUCCUGUUUUUGUAGACAGUAGAAAAAGUGCUAGAGAUGAACACAGAUAAAUCUAAUACAUCUAACCAUUUGAACCUAGAUACUUAGAUCGUAACUUUUGUAAAAAAGAAAAACAUUUUAACGAUGUUAUUGAUGCUCCUAUUGAAAAUAAUGAAAAUGGAUUACAUAAUUAUUUAACAGCUCCAAAUAUAAGAAAUAAAGUAUAUAUUAUUAGAUAUCUAGAUAAAACAUCCUUUAUUUAUGGCACUUAAGUUUUCUAAAUGUUUAAACAUCUAUUAUUAAUUUAAUUUAGAAACUGAUAAUUAUCUAGUUGAAUUUUAAAAACAAUUAAUGUCAAAAUAUCAAUAAUCUCAAUACAUAAUUGUCUUUUAAUCAAAUAACAAUAGAAUUAGAAAGAAGGUAUUGUUUUUAUCCAAUUUUAGAUUGAAGACUCAUUAACUCAAUUGUUUGCAUCAAGUAAGGUAGCUGUUAUUGAAAAGAAAUAUCUUGAUGAAACUUAAUUUAAAAAACUCGAAUACACUUCAAGUGAUUAUUCAUCUGUCUUUAAUUAAUUAUAGCAAAUGAUGAAUUCCUUUUCAUAAAAUGAAUAUGUUGAAUCUUUCAAUUAAUAAUAAUUAUAAUAAUAAAUGUAAGAAGAAUAAUAAGUAUAAUAAUAAGAAAUGUAAGAAGAAUAAUAAAAAGAAUUUAAAAUUGAACAUCAAUAAUAACAAAUUGAAAAUGAUCAACAAAUUUAAAAACCCCCUAAAAUUUUAUCACAUUCAGAACGAAAAUCUGCAUUUACUAAAUAUCUUGAUAAAUUACCAACUAAAAAUUUUGAAGAAGAGAAAUAGGAAUAAUUUCAAAGAAUGGAAAAAAUCAAUAACAUUCGAGAAAUAGAAAAUUAUGAUAAAGUUUAAAAAUUAGUGAAAAUUGAGGAAGAUCUUCAUUUAAGCAGGCNUGAAAACUAAAAAUUCCAUCAUCAAUUUAAGACAAACUGUGACUGCUAAUCACGGACCAGUUUUAUUAAAGAUUGAUACUGAGAGAGAAUUACAAUAUACAAAUGAUUUAGGAUGGAAUUGGCAUAAGAGUUGGAAUAUCCCAAAUAUUUCUGUUAAAAUUUCUAUAUAGGAUGAAGAAUGUACAUAAUGGAUCAAUUGUUAAGUAUCUUAUUUAAGUCUAAUUUUAGGUUUAAUUAUUGGCAGUAAAGGUAUUGUAAAAUGAUCUCUUUGAAGAAGUUGGAUUAGAAGGGAUUACUUAAUAUGACAUUGUAGAUGGAAAAGCUUUCUUUUCGGUAUUUUUCAAAAACGAUUUUUAGGGUGUGAAAUUUAACAGUACUACCUACAAUCACUAAGGACAUAGAUUUUAAUUAUUAAUUAUACUGAAAGAGAGGGAGAACAUCAUUCUUUGUUUAUAAUCACCUCCUGUUUUUGUAGACAGUAGAAAAAGUGCUAGAGAUGAACACAGAUAAAUCUAAUACAUCUAACCAUUUGAACCUAGAUACUUAGAUCGUAACUUUUGUAAAAAAGAAAAACAUUUUAACGAUGUUAUUGAUGCUCCUAUUGAAAAUAAUGAAAAUGGAUUACAUAAUUAUUUAACAGCUCCAAAUAUAAGAAAUAAAGUAUAUAUUAUUAGAUAUCUAGAUAAAACAUCCUUUAUUUAUGGCACUUAAGUUUUCUAAAUGUUUAAACAUCUAUUAUUAAUUUAAUUUAGAAACUGAUAAUUAUCUAGUUGAAUUUUAAAAACAAUUAAUGUCAAAAUAUCAAUAAUCUCAAUACAUAAUUGUCUUUUAAUCAAAUAACAAUAGAAUUAGAAAGAAGGUAUUGUUUUUAUCCAAUUUUAGAUUGAAGACUCAUUAACUCAAUUGUUUGCAUCAAGUAAGGUAGCUGUUAUUGAAAAGAAAUAUCUUGAUGAAACUUAAUUUAAAAAACUCGAAUACACUUCAAGUGAUUAUUCAUCUGUCUUUAAUUAAUUAUAGCAAAUGAUGAAUUCCUUUUCAUAAAAUGAAUAUGUUGAAUCUUUCAAUUAAUAAUAAUUAUAAUAAUAAAUGUAAGAAGAAUAAUAAGUAUAAUAAUAAGAAAUGUAAGAAGAAUAAUAAAAAGAAUUUAAAAUUGAACAUCAAUAAUAACAAAUUGAAAAUGAUCAACAAAUUUAAAAACCCCCUAAAAUUUUAUCACAUUCAGAACGAAAAUCUGCAUUUACUAAAUAUCUUGAUAAAUUACCAACUAAAAAUUUUGAAGAAGAGAAAUAGGAAUAAUUUCAAAGAAUGGAAAAAAUCAAUAACAUUCGAGAAAUAGAAAAUUAUGAUAAAGUUUAAAAAUUAGUGAAAAUUGAGGAAGAUCUUCAUUUAAGCAGGCUUUAAUAAUAAUAAUAAUAAUAAUAAUAAUAAUAAUAAUAAUAAUAAUAAUAAUAAUAAUAAUAAUAUAACUUCUUAAAUUAAAUAAAUCCAAUAAAUCAAAAUUUUUCAAUUCUGCUUCAAUAAAAAUUAUAAGAAUAGAUUCUUCAAUAUUAUUUUAUUCAAUAGUAGUUGAUGUUACUAUAAAAGGCCCCUUCUAUGUGA